GGACAGCCAGGACAGGAGCCUGUUAACCCCUGCUUGGAGCUGAGUCCCUCUGUGAUCAUCCUGCACCUCUGAAUGCAGUAGAGGUUCUCCUGCUCCCCCCUGACACUAAACUCUUCACCUAACACCCUUCCUAUAAAAGCAGGAGGAGCUGAGGAGUUGUGACUGCUUCUAUUAGUGGAUUAACUAACAAAAGCUUGGUCCUUAAUCUGCUCUAUUUAGUGUUUUCCCUUUCUCUGCCUCCUGUUCCCUCAGUGUUGUGUGUGGAUGGUGCCUUGGUGUAGAAGGUGUUGUGCAGGAGCUGGCAGCUGAUUGGGUGUCUGUGGCAGGGGUGUAAACCCUUUUGAUUAUUAGAUUGCAUGCUGCACUAAGCAGGAAAGGCUUUGAACUUCUCCACUUUUGGCACAGUGUAUUCUUCUUUUUUGCUAUGAGCUGUUCCUCAUUCCCAGCAAGGUGCUGCGCUAAACAAGACACCUUCAGGAAGAAGUAGGGGCAUCAUCUGUAUGAGAGCUUUCUUCUCCCCUCCUAUCUUUCUUUGCCUUACCCUGUCUCUGUUAUCACAGACAGGAAAACACUCUCACACACCUUGGACCUCAAGGAAGAGCUUUGUUGGACCUGAAGGACUUCUGGAUCUUGACUGUUACCUUCUUCUUCUUCUCCUCCAUCAAGAGGGUUCCUCAGGGUGGGAAGGCACGAAGUUCUCUUCCAUCUCGCCUUGUUCCUCCACUCAGUCUCUGGCAUGAUUAGUUAAAGACUUUUCAUUUUUCAUUAUCAAAAGGACAAGAGAAGGGGGGGAACUUGGAGUUGCCUUUUGCUGGUCACCCAGAUUGAACGCUGCCAUGUCUAAGCCUGUUGACCAUAUCAAGAGACCCAUGAAUGCCUUCAUGGUGUGGUCCAGAGGGCAAAGAAGGAAGAUGGCCCAGGAAAACCCCAAGAUGCACAAUUCGGAAAUAAGUAAAAGACUUGGAGCUGAAUGGAAACUUCUAUCUGAAGCCGAGAAAAGACCUUACAUAGACGAAGCCAAGAGGCUCAGGGCACAACACAUGAAAGAACAUCCUGACUAUAAGUACAGACCCAGGCGCAAGCCCAAGAACCUUUUAAAGAAGGACAGGUAUGUCUUUCCUUUACCCUACCUUGGAGACCACGACCCACUUAAGACAGGACUUCCCAUGAGUGCUACUGAGUCCUUACUAGGAGCUUCUGAGAAGGCGAGAGCCUUUUUACCACCAACCUCAGCACCUUAUUCUUUACUGGACCCAAGUCAAUUUAGCUCCAGCACCAUCCAGAAGAUGACAGAGAUGCCACACACCUUGACUACAAGCACUCUUCCCUAUGCCUCCACCCUUGGAUACCAAAACGGAGCUUUUGGUGGGUUAAGCUGCCCAAGCCAACACACUCACACCCACCCCUCUCCUACCAACCCUGGCUAUGUGGUGCCCUGUAAUUGUACAGCUUGGUCAACUUCUAACUUGCAACCUCCAGUUGCCUAUAUAUUGUUCCCUGGCAUGACUAAAGCUGGUUUAGACCCUUAUUCCUCUGCACACACCACAGCCAUGUAAGAAGAGCACUAAUGUCAAGGAAAUGAACUAAGUUGGUGCAUGUAUAGACAGACUGCCAAGAUGGUACGACCAGCAGAGAGACACCUUAAGGGAUGGUAGAGAGGAACAAUCCAAUAUUACUCCAACUUGGCAGAAAGAAAGAUAGAAUGCACUUCUUUUCUUAUGAAGGGCACAAUCUACUCCUACUAAUGCUCUACACCAAGCCAUGAGGAUAGCUGGAAGUAUUUGUCAGGACCAAUUGUAAGAAAUGUACAAGUUCCUCUAUUCUUUUCGUUUAUAUCUCCUUAAUCGGGACAGUUAACCCUUUAUUUAUUUAUGACGUUUCUCAGUUUGCCUUUGAUUUCUAUGUGACCUCGAAUUUUGAAGGGACUAACAUUAAAUUAUUUAAGAAAAAAAUAUGAAUUAUUAGUAUAAUUAUUAUUCUUAUUACUAUUCUGACCUAUUUUGCACAUUGAUUUUGCUGUUGGGGGGUUAGUGGAAGCUGUGUUAGAUAUUUUUGCCAUGCAAUCUGGUUUUACUUGUCUAAAAGAGUUUAGCACUGAGAGCUUUAUAAUAAUAUUGAUGAUGAUGAUUAUGAUUAUUAUUAUUAAUAACAAUGAUAAUAAUAAUAAUAAUAGUGAGAAUUAAUUCUUAUCUUACCCUCCCCAAAAAAUAUUUUGUAAAAAGCAAAUAACUAAAACAUGAAGGAUAUUUCUUAGAAUGAUGAAUUCCCCUUCUUCUAAGGCAUCAUGUGCUGGGGGAAAUGACUGUACACCAUUCUCUCCCUUUAUUUGCUCCUUUUUUUUUUUGUUUUUUUUUUUUUGUUGAACAAGGAUCUUUU